AUGUUGAAUUGUUUAAAUUGCUAUGAAUUUUAGAAUUAUUAAGAUGGUUCAUUGUAUUAAUGUAUUUAAUGUAAAGAAGGAUAUAUUCCAAGUAUAAGUGGAUGUAUUCCAUGUCCAAAUGGAUGUCUUAAUUGCUACGAAGUAGGAAUGUAUUAGCAAAGUAAAGUCAAUUUUACUAAUAUUUUUAUCUAUGAAAGAUAAAUAUUAUUAAGCUUAACACUUUAAUAAAGAAUUUAAUACUAUGAGCUAUUUAAAGUUGAGAUGCUAUGUUCUGUUUGCUAGCAAGGAAGAAUUUUGAGUAAUACUCAAUCAUCUUGUGUAUUUCCUGUCUGCGGAAAAUAUUGCCAAACUUGCAUAUUUUAUUAAGAUCAACCAUUUUGUGUAUAAUGCAAUUCUAAUCUUUUGUUCUCUGAAAUAGCUUCUAUUUAAAUGUACAUAUCUCAAAUGUACUUUAAUACUGUAUAUUUUAAUUAAAUUAAUUUGAUGAUUAGCUUCGAUCAAAAGCAAUAAAACUGUAAAUUAUGCCCUAUGCUAUGUGAAACAUGUGAAGAUAAGAGCUAAUAUUUUAUGAAUGGAGCCUUUGAUUUAUAUGAUACAAAGUGUUACUCAU